UUGCUCUGGUUGUGUCCGGGAGGGGCCUCAAAAAAGGCCAUCCUCAAGUUGCAAUGGCAAUUCAAAAGUCAGAAGAGGAGGUGGCGACUGUGAAAGACUCCAAGGAGGCGCCACAGGAUGCAUCGAAGGACAUGGAUCGUUCCACCUCUGACGAAGAAGAUGUGGCAACAGGUGCGAACAAGAUUGAGGAUAUGACCGAUGAUUGGGUGGAAGACCACAUGAAGGAUGUUACAGUUGCAGUCAUUGGGAACGUGGACAGUGGGAAGUCUACCCUGGUUGGGGUUCUAACCAAAGGUGGCUUGGACGACGGCAGAGGCCUUGCUCGAGCCAAGGUCUUCAACUUCUCUCACGAAGCGGCCAAUGGCCGUACCAGCAGCAUAGCUCAGGAAAUCAUGGGCUUCUCCUCUACUGGGGAUCAGGUGAUCAUUGAACGCAUGGCCAACACCACUGCAAACUCGCGGAACACGACGUGGCAGCAGGUUGUGAGCCAAUCAGAACGAUUGGUGACUUUCAGUGACCUGUGCGGCCAUGAGAAGUACCUGAAGACGACCAUCUUUGGGUUGGUGGGCCAAUGUCCUGACUAUACCAUGAUUAUUGUCAACGCCAACGCAGGCUUUCAACGCAUGUCGCGCGAGCACUUGGGCAUUGCGCUCGCUCUUCGUAUCCCGUUUUUUAUCGUAGUGACCAAGAUUGACAUCGCUCCACAGAAUGUGUUCGAGGAGAACUUGCUCCAGCUGCACAAGAUUGUGAAGUCAAAUGCAGUGAAGCGGCAGCCUCUUGUGGUGAAGGAAAUGGAUCAGCUGGAAGCUGCAGCAUCUGGUAUCUUCAACAGAGAGGCUUGUCCCAUUUUCUGCAUCUCUAGCGUGACGGGAGAAGGUCUACCGUUGCUGCGGAACUUUUUGAGAUGUUUACCAUCGAGAUUGCAGGAUAGCGGCCUUUUCAGACCCCCUAGCAGCCCUGCGGAAUUUCACAUCGACUCGAUCUACGUUGUGCCUGGAGUCGGCCUUGUGGUCGGUGGUGUCGUCCGUGCUGGGCGCAUUCGCCCAGGCCAACAACUGUUGCUGGGCCCUGACAAAGUGAGUCAGUUUAAACCUGUACUGGUGAAGACUAUCCAGUACAAGCGAGUCACUGUGGAGUCUGCUGAAAGUGGUCAGCAUUGCAGCUUCGCCUUGCGAUCUUUGGUGAAGAGGGAAACCCUGAAGAAGAACAUGUUCAGAAAAGGUAUGGUCUUGCUGGGUCCUGAAAUCCAACCACGAGCCGUUUGGUCCUUCAAGGCUGAGGUGGUGAUCUUGCACCAUGCUACAACCAUCAGAGAAGGAUACCAGGCCAUGAUUCACUGCGGCAUCAUCCGCCAAUGUGCGGCUGUGAAGCACAUGUCCUGCGAGCUGCUGCGUUCUGGCGAUAAGGCCAUUGUGACGUUCCGCUGGUGUUAUCACGCCGAGUACGUUAACCUUGGCGAAACUUUGCUUUUUCGAGAAGGUCGGACUAAAGGUUUGGGGAGGAUCGUGGAAGUGGUGGAUGAUGGCUACAAUCCGUUGAUGAGAGAGGCUGAGAAGUGAGUCAAGUGAGUGGAGUCGACCGGGUCGACCCAGACAUGAGCUGGGCGAUGUACAAACACCGCUGAAAGACACUGUCGAAUCUGUCGAAUCUGUCGAACAUGAUCGCCACUGGCAAUGGGUUUGGACAAGAGAACCUCGUUGCGACAAAC